AGAUGUUAUUUUCUGCUCUUCGCAAGGACGUUGUCAACGUUCUGGAUUUCAUGGAGAGGUUAAAGAAUGAAGAAGAUCAAAAUGCUGUUGACGUGUAUCUAAUUGAAAGGGUGAGACUUGAGCUGGCAUUUAUUUGUACAUAUGUCCAGCUUUCUUAUUCCGAUUUGGAGCAGUUCGAAGUUGUAAUGAGUUAUUCAAGGCAAAGGGUUGACAAUCUGCUUCGACCAAUUUUGAACGACAUGGAUCAUGUUCUUCCCAACCUCAUGGGUAAUAUCGAUGGUUGUAUCAGCUCGUGUUAUCGUUCUACAUCAAGUGCCACCAUGACUGACGAGCAGUUGAACUUCCUCCUCCUGAAUCUCCAUCAUCUAUCCAAGUAUCUUGCUGAACGGAUAUUUCCAUUAGAGACUCAUCAUGAGAUUCUUCAGAAUGUGUCUGGCAACAUGAAAGAUUUCCAUGGGCUGAUAGUGAAUGGUUGCAUUGAGCACGAGAUUGUUCAGUAUGUGUUGCCUCAGUUUCAAUUCAUGGCUGAGAGAGUUGGACUCUUCCUUUGGCAUGAUCGACUUGAUGGAGACUCUCAACUCUUCAAGCUAGCACAUCUACUCAUGAAGAUUAUUCCAAUUGAACUGGAGAUGAUGCAAAUAUGUUAUACAAAUUUGAAAGCUUCACCAUCAGAAGAAAUUGAACGCUUCAUUAACCAGCUCCUUGAAACCUUUCCGGAAGUUCUGAGAGAAUAUCUGAUUCAUCUACAAGAGCACAUGGUAACUGUUAUUACCGUAAGCACUUCAGGGGCUCGAAGCAUUCAUGUCAUGAUAGAGUUCCUAUUGAUUAUUCUUACUGAUAUGCCCAAGGAAAUUAUUCAUCAUGACAAACUAUUUGAUCUUUUGGCACGUGUUGGAGCACUUAUCAGGGAGGUAUCAACUCUUGUUCAUGACUUAGAAGAAAAAUCAAGGAAUGAAGAGAGUACCGAUGGAAAAAGUCGUGCAACUCUAGACUUGCUGGAAAAUAUUCAACUCCUCAAAGAAGAUCUCGAACAUGUUUAUUUGAAAGCGCCAGACUCAUCUCAAUGGUGCUUCCCCAUGAGCGAUGGACCUCUCUUCAUGCAUCUGCUGCACAGACACCUAAAUGAUUUGCUAUAUUCCAAUGCUUAUUCAAUUGCAUUGAUAAAGGAAGAAAUUGGGCUGGUGAAGGAAGACCUAGAAUUCAUAAGAUCGUUCUUCGGCAAUGUUGAGCAAGGAUUGUAUAAAGAUCUAUGGGCACAUGCUUUAGAUGUAGCAUAUGAGGCUAAAGAUGUCAUCAAUUCAAUUAUCGUAAGAGAUAAUGGUCUGUUACAUCUUAUUUUCUCACUUUCCAUCACAAUAAAAAAGAUUAGCCUUAUCAAAGAAGAUGUCUCCAAUUUACUUGAGAAGAUUCCCAAGAACAAGAGCCUCGUUGUUGUAAACGCUCCCGAGAAUCCACUUGAGAGAAAGUCAUUGACAAGUGGUAAAAUUAUUGUAGGUUUUAAGGAGGAGACAAACUGGUUAAUUACUAAGCUCACCAGUGGACCGAAGUUGAGAAAGGAAGUAGAAUUCUUUUGACGACCCGGCAAAAGGAAGUGGCUUUGCAUGGAAAGCGCAAUACUGAUCCUCUCAAGCUUCGGUUGCUAAAAUUAGAAGAGAGAUGGGAGUUAUUAGAGAAAAGGGCAUUUGGAAACGAGAGUUGCCCUGAUGAACUACUGGAAGUUGGAAA